CCGUCGACACAGUAACGGGUGUCGGCGUGAACGUCGCUGAGCUGUGAAUGGGCUAAUAGGAAAUAUAAUAUCCUUCUGGCACAGCCUGGUUUCUUCUGUCAUUUAAUCUCUGCAACGGAAGCCGGGUGUUGAUGAGUGACCAAGGUGAUGUGAUGGCUGAGCUAGCAGGCGGGACAGAUCACAGCAGACUGUCUGCCACACACUGAGCCAACUGGAUGCAACGCAUUAGAGCCUAGACAGAAUGGAUUUCCCCAAUUGCACUGAAGGGGUGUUUGCCACAAGCAGCAGUGGCAAUGAGUCACUGGAGACCACUAAACUUCCUCCCAGUAAAGUCCUGCUUACGGUGACCCUGUCUGUACUGGCUAUCCUGACUACAUUCUUCAACUGCCUGGUGAUCACAGCUAUUGCCGUCACCCGCAAGUUGCACCACCCCGCCAACUACCUCAUCUGCUCAUUAGCAGUGACGGACUUGCUGGUGGCUGUGCUGGUCAUGCCCUUCAGUAUCAUGUACAUCCAGAAAGAGAGCUGGGUCAUGGGCGAGGUGGUGUGUACCAUAUGGUUAAGUGUGGAUAUCACCUGUUGCACAUGCUCCAUCUUGCACCUUGCUGCAAUCGCCAUCGACCGUUACAGGGCCAUUACUGAUGCAGUGGAGUACUCUCGCAAACGCACCGGGGCCAGAGCUGGGGCGAUGGUGGCAGUGGUGUGGCUCCUGUCCAUCCUCAUCUCACUUCCUCCUCUACUGUGGCGGCACUACAGCGGAGAUGCAGAGCAUGAAGGCCAGUGCAUCAUCAUCCACCAUCACAUGGCCUUCACCUUGUACUCCACUCUUGGAGCAUUUUACAUCCCCCUGCUGCUCAUCCUCAUCCUCUACUACAAAAUCUAUCGGGCCGCUCAGACCCUCUACAUGCGCAGAGAGGCCAGCCGGGCUAGCCGUCACUCAUGUAUGACCAAUGGGAGCAUGAUCCCGUCGUCCUACCCUGCCGGAGAGGGCGACGCCGAUGGGGGACCACGAAGUCCGGAGCCCAUAAGCCCACCAGAAAAGUCUUUCUCUGAACCCUCAACUGAGGAACCUCCACCCCGUGAACGGGUGCGCGUAUCGGUAAAGGCUUUCAAGUGCAAGUCGCGCAGGCAUGACUCACGUAGUGAGUCACGUCGGAGCCAAUUGUACCAAGGACCACGGAUCUCAGGCUCACGGGAGCGCAAAGCAGCAUCCACAUUGGGCUUGAUAAUAGGGGCCUUUGUCAUCUGUUGGUUGCCAUUUUUUGUCAAGGAGGUGAUCGUCAACACCUGUGGUUCUUGCAGUACUUCAAUGGAGAUGGCUGACUUUCUGACAUGGUUGGGCUACCUCAACUCACUGAUCAACCCCCUCAUCUACACCAUAUUUAAUGAAGACUUCAAAAAAGCUUUCCAAAGACUCAUUAGAUGCAGUCAUUAUCUCUGAUGGUUACAGUUAUGCAUGACCACACCCAUACAACACCAUACACAUAACACGUAACAAGGAAGGGAUAAACUAAAGGCACGAGGUCAGAGAAUAUUGACUGGAUACUGACUCAAUGUGCCUGAUCGCAAAGAGGAAAAGGAUUGACACUCGUUUAUAGACACUUCACCGGGCACUCCAACAGCCUAAAUGGCACCAGUUCAGCAAUGAGCUUUGCAGCAAAGUUCCACGUUGAAAUCCAAGUCCUGCUAUUAAUAGGACAGCCUGAGAUUUCCUUGAUGUUAAUUGGUGUGUUUCAAGGGACACUGACAUGUUGGUUGUUAGAAAAUGGGCCAUCGCUGACCUUUUUGAAGUCUGGGUUCUGAGCAUAAGUGAUCAACCCCAUUUGAAGGUCCUGAUAUAGCUGGCCAUUAUGUCUUUUCCAUCUAAUGACCUCCCCUCUAUCCAGUCCAAGCUGCUGGCUAAAAUACAGAACAUAAAGUAAAAUACCACAGCAUACCAAGUUGUGACUUUCUGCAGCCAGGACAUUAUGGAAGGCUUGAUGACUUUUAUCUGAUUAACUGUCACAGUGAUUGUUGAUAGAAAUAGUUGUUGAAUGGGGUAUGUCUUCAGCUCCAUAAAACAUUACAACAAAUAUAAAACAUAAAGAUGGUAGACUGUUGCAGGGUCUUGUCAGGUUAUGACAAUGAUAUUGGCUUAAUUCAUUUCACAUCCGAAAGCAUGGAGUUAUAGCCUUUUCAUGAUCUAGGACCAAAUCAUACUAUUAAUUCCUAAUUCUAAAACAAAUAACUUUGGGGACCAAUAUAAUAUUUGAGCUUGUUUUAACUUUCACUACAAAAGGUUACCUUUUGUAGAAGAUAUUAGAGUUACAGGUUCUAUAAAACACUGCCACUUUAAAUUAUAUUUUUCAUAACCUUUUAUGUAAAGUAUUUAUUUAUUUAUCUAUGUAUCCAGCGGCCAUUAAACACCCAAUCCCAUCCCACUCCCACGCCAUAGUGAGCAGUAGGUUAAUGAAUGUGAGAACCACCGAUGGAGAAAUCCUCAUUACAUUAAUCCCACUCAAGUACUUGGAAUAGAACUACUAUUUCUUUACUGCCUCCAAGAGGGCACAUGAUAUGUUGAUGGAAAUGUUGUGGAUGAGUCAAGUGCGAGGGUGUACUGUAUGCUAGAGAGAUAAUACAAGGUCUGUCAUGUGCUUACAUACAUUCCUGACAGUAUGACCAGUAUUUGUAUAUUGUUUCUUUUUUGUCAUCUCACUGUCUCAAUAAUUAAUAAUAAACAAUCCACAUAUGAAUUAUGUUCCUCUGUAUUUCUCUGACUUAAUAAUACUUUUCUGAGUAAAUAUAUGGUAAGUGAAUGACAUACAUAAAGUAUAUCCCCAAUGAUAACUCACUGAUGAUACAUUUACAAUUUGUAUUUGUAAAUGAAUGUUGAUAUGAUUUAGCCUACUGCAAUCCCAUAUUUCAGUCUAAAUGUGAACGGGACAUUUUCAUUAUUCUGAUAUGAUGGCGCCACCUUGUGGCUAGCAGAAAGACUGCAGACUUUCCAGUUGUUUUUGAUAAACUACGUCACUCUGUCAGCCACAACAGAGAGAU